AGUGUCAACAUUCAAGCGAAGCAAAUUGAUGGGCUCAACUAUGUUUCAUCUUCUUCUUUCUUCAUUUCUGCUCUGCAGCUUCGUACAACUGCAGCAACCUGCCUAUGCCAUUAAAAAGUCGUACGUUGUAUACUUGGGGUCACAUUCUCAUGGCCCAAAACCUUCCUCUGCUGAUAUGGACUUUGCCACAAGUUCCCAUUAUGAAUUGCUUGCCUCCGUCCUAGGAAGCCAUGAAAGGGCCAAAGAAGCCAUCUUUUACUCAUAUAACCGACACAUCAAUGGCUUCGCUGCAUUACUUGAAGAGGAUGAGGCAGCAGAGAUCAAGAAAAAUCCAAAAGUAGUGUCGGUGUUCUUGAGCCAAUCGCACAAGCUGCAUACAACCAGGUCAUGGGGGUUUCUGGGACAAGAAAGAAAUGGAAGGGUCAGAGCUGACUCAGCCUGGGUCAAAGGAAGAUUUGGUCAAAAUGUGAUUAUUGGCAGUCUUGAUACCGGUGUUUGGCCAGAAUCGAAAAGCUUCCGAGAUAAUGGGUACGGUCCCGUUCCAAAGAAGUGGCGUGGAGGAUCAAAAUGCGAGCUUUAUAGUCUGACUGGCCCACGUGACAGAACUCUUUGCAACAGGAAACUCAUUGGAGCAAAAACCUUCUACAAAGCGUACCUGAUAAAACACGGGAGCCUUGACCAUACAAGCGCCCGUGACAUCGUCGGACACGGGACCCAUACUUUGUCGACGGCCGGUGGCAACUUCGUUCGAAACGUAAGUGUUCUCAACAACGGGAAUGGAACAGCCAAGGGAGGAUCUCCGAGAGCUCGUCUUGCUGUGUACAAGGUUUGCUGGGGUAGUUAUAGUUCUGAAGAUUGCACUGAUGAAGAUAUGCUUUCUGCUUUUGAUCAAGCCAUCGAUGACGGCGUUGAUAUCCUCUCCGUUUCCAUUGGUCGUAGCCCCGUGCCAAAUAUUAAUGACAUGUUGACCAAUGGCAUUUCCAUAGGAUCCUUCCAUGCGGUUGCCAGGGGAAUCCUGGUUGUUACCUCGGCGGGUAACGAGGGACCAAAACUCCAGACGGUGUCGAAUGUGGCGCCUUGGAUCUUCACUAUUGCUGCUGGUUCCAUAGACAGAGAGUUCAGCAACAAUAUUACUCUUGGGAAUGGGCAACGCUUGAAGGGCACAAGUCUUGCCACAAACUCGACAUCACAGAGGUUAAUUCCUGUGGUGAUUGCUGGCAAUGUCAGGCUUCCUAAUGCAACAUUUCAAGAUGCUCAACUUUGCAGAACUGGAACCCUUGAUCCUCGCAAAGUAAGGGGUCGUAUAUUAGUGUGCCAAAGAGGAAGGAGCCUGAGGCCUGUGGAGAAGGGCCAAGAAGCAAAGCGUGUAGGCGCGUUGAAAAUGAUUUUAGAAAAUGACAAGGAACUGAACACGCUUACAGCUGAUGUUCAGCCUAUUGACUCGUCCAAUCUCCCUCAAGCUCCACCAGGCCCUCGAGCGCCUUUCCCAGCAACCCCCAAAUAUUUCAACACAAACAAGAACCCAGUUGCAUUCUUGAAUAAUGCAAAAACAUUUAUACCAGUAAGGCCAGCUCCAAGAGUUUCUGCCUUCUCAUCAAGGGGACCCAACGUGAUUCUUCCCACAAUCCUCAAGCCUGAUGUAACCGCGCCAGGUCAGGAUAUAGUUGCUGCAUAUUCAUCUGCUGCAAGUCCUACCAACCUAGACUCAUACGAAGCUCACUUUGACUAUAAUAUUCUAUCCGGAACUUCCAUGGCAUGUCCUCAUGUUUCUGGCAUUGCUGGUCUUCUAAAAAAUCGUCAUCCUAAUUGGAGUCCUGCAAUGAUAAAGUCAGCAAUCAUGACCACUGCAAGCAUACUGGAUAACACCAUUAGACGGAUUCUGGACGAACAAGAUGGUAGCAUAGCAACUCCAUUUCAAUAUGGUACAGGCUUCGUGAGACCCAACCUUGCAAUAGACCCUGGACUUGUUUAUGAUCUCACCACUUCUGAUUACCUCAACUUGUUAUGCUUUUCUGCUUAUGAGAAAAGAAUAAUUGAAGCCAUUAAUUAUAAUAGGCCAUACAAAUGUCCAAGGUCUUACAGACUAGAAGACUUCAACUACCCUUCCAUCACAUUGCCUUUUUUGGGUGUGAAACCUAUCAAUGUUACUCGUACAGUAACAAAUGUUGGGCCUCCAAGCACAUACACUGUAAAUGUCAAAGCCCCAAGAGGAUUUAAGGUUGCUAUUCUUCCGACAACUUUGACCUUCCAGAGGACAAACCAGAAGAAGAGCUAUAUGGUUAUUUUGCAGGCAUCACGUUCAGCCAAAACUUCGGAACCUUCAUUUGGAGAGUUGACUUGGACUGAUGGCAAGCACAGAGUGAGAAGUCCUAUAGUAAUCCCUCAACUUGAGAAAAUGGCGAUGUAG